CUUCCCAAUGCCUCUAGAUACCGUAGCUACCCCUAAGCUAUUCCGAUGAGCUCUCAACAAGAUCUCUUCGUGUCACCUUGCACCACCAGCAAAUCAACCUUGAAGCGGCUCAAUAGUCGACAGUCGAUGCUCUGCCAAGAGGUUGAGCUUCUACGUUUGUUCGCAAAGAUCCAGAAUCUUGCGCCGUCUAGCGUUUACGGCCGAGUUGACCAGAUGGCGCUCUCUAGAGAGCGCCGCAUUCGGACUUGGUCUCGACGCCACACACUGAAUGGAAGGCUUGGCUUUAUCAAAUCGUUUCGUUCUCGGUCCAAUCCGGUAGAAAAUUGGCAACAUGCGUGUUCGUCCACGGGUACCAGAGAAGGCCUAGACGACUAUUGAUUGGUCUUGUGGUCGCAAAGUCGACUUGCACCAUGUCUGCAUCCCAUCGAGGCAGUCUGAUCGAUAUGGUAUAAUAUCCUCACCCCCAAUAUUCCUCGUUGAUGAUGCUGUUCGAUGCUCUUUCUCGCUGGCUGUUGACGUUUGGAAUUGCUGGAGAUCGCAUCGCAUCUAACAAGAGCGACUGAGCCGCCGGGAGCGGCUGACCAAGGGGCUCAAACGCCAUGCUGCGAUGUUGUCGUUGCUCUGCACAUUGUUGGCAAAGGCCUGACUGUUGCUGUCGCUUCCUGUGUCUGAAGCUGUAGAUCUCGGCCGAAGCGAUGCUUGAGCCCAUUAGUGCUUGAUUCGCUGAAUACCUCGGGUGGCGCGGGAUGGCUGCGUGACGAGUCCAAAGGCAGUCGACCAAACGGACUUGCAUCCUUUCAGACAUCAACGUUACCACCCACGCAAAUUCCGAGGCUUGGCUUUCGGGGUGCCCAUUGCUUUGGGUCCAUAACUCUUACAAGGACCAAGCCACGAUCGUUUGCGCCUCCUCCAGGAACGAUCUUGAAGUUGUCCAUAAGCCGGGCCAUCCACUGCAAUGUUCCUCCUGUCUCUCGCAGGAUUUGGGACUCGACAAUAUUAGUCCAAACGCCCGGAAGUGUGAUCCCAGUUUGACAGAAAUAGGAGGCGGCACAGCGCCGAUGAUGGCGCGUGCAGAAUGAGGUUGCACACAACGAUGACUAUAGACCAUUUUCAGAUUAACCGCAACACUGGUUGACACUACCUUAUGCCAUACCAUAUGCGGACUGAAAUGAGACCCAUGUUUGGGAUCCUGCGGGCCAAUUCAUCCAAAAAUCUGUCCAUGUCAAUGUGUUAUAUGCCGUAUGCAAGACGGCUACUUACUUGUGAUGAUCGUUUGUUCUUCUAUAGCCUUGUCGUCCGAGUAGUCCUGAAGUAAGCAAUGCCACCCGCCCCCCUGAUCCGGCGAGCCUGGCGGCCUUGUGUCUCCCGGCUGACCGGCGAGAGCCGAGAUUGUAUGCAUUGUCAAAUUCAGGGCCAUGCAGCAAGUUGACAUGGUUUCCACGCUAGCCAGGCGAGCUCGAGGCCAGUUUUCAAACGGAGAAAUUCCAAACAAGCAUUUUAGACAGCAGUCCGACUCUUUUGCUGGAAUGGAAGCAGGGGAUCGAGCGUGGCACUCUGCUUCUCGACACGCGACUCACGAAGAAGGCUGAUCGGCCGUAUACAUGACCGAAUCCUAUUCAGACGAUGAUCCCAUUCCGUGAGACUCAUUAUUGUGUCUGCAGCAGCUUGCCAUCCGGCGUGUGCGUGCAGCUGUUCCGGCUCGCCGCAAUAUACAAUGCAACGUCGAGGGUCGCGUUGCGGACACGGGUUUGGUUGCUUUCACAUGACUUCUCAUGUGCCAUCAAGCCUUUCGAGUAUCAGUAAUAGCGCCCCCGUUUCAAGAAUGGAAGGUGGGCAAGCUUAAAUAUAUUGAAUACGGGGUUAGUUUAAAAUGAGGCUCCUGGCAGACGCGUCGAGAUGUCAAAAAAUCGAUACGACCAAUGCGUGCGGCCUGCCGUGGAACUCGCGGGGCGCCGUUAGCCCCUGCUUAUGGGGCCUGCCAGACUAGGCGAAGGGGGCCGACUUUCGCGGCAGUAUUGUUUUGGGUUUGAAUGUGAUCUGCGGGAUCAGCAGCGUUAAGAAGCGAGGCCUGCAGAGAAAAGUCCACCACGACGUUAUUGCCGGCGAAAAGUCCUCAGGUGAGCCGCGACGGCAGAAGGUCUGCCUGGCUGACAGCGUGUCAUCAGCUGUCAAAUGUCGGAUAAGGGGGAGCCUAGGGGAUCGCGUUGCGUGUUUGACACGGAGAUGACCGGUGAUGGAUGUUCGCGGGUAGGCUCCUCCAGUUGGAACUUCUGAAACGGAGCCUGCAGAUGUUGGGAUGAUCUUCCAGGUCGGCAUUGCGCAUACUGCGAAGACUGUGCCUUCCAUGCCUUCCGCUGCUACCGGACGUCUGUUUGUGGCAUCUUUGUCAUUCGGGACUGCGUAUAUUCGAGAUUUGAAUCAACAAGAACUUGUCUCUUUCGGGUUACGGCGGUUGCAAAGGGGUGGUUUUCCCUCUCCUUAUUUUGGAUAUUUCGACAUGUGCAUGUUUGACAUGCAUGACGGGGCGUGGCGUUGAACGGAAAGGCUGUCUUGUUUGGUCUUUUGCUCCGACAGCGGUUACCAUCGCAGCACCUCAGCAUGGCGAGGCUGACGUCCCGUCUGCACAGGGUCCUAUCGGGACCCGCGUGGCCCAGUGGAGGGUAGGCGGGAAAGAGACGAGUCGCUAAUCUGGGACGGCAGGAAAUCUAAGGGGCAGAAUUCUUCCAGAAGACCGCACAAUGUUCCUAUUCCAUGGACCACAUCGGCUCAAUGUCUCGGAUUGAUCCAGCCCUGCACUUCGUUGUAAAGGUGGAACCAUC